UUAAACAAUAGAUUUACGUAAAUAAUAUUCGCCCGGUGAAUUACUAUGCUAGUUACUUAAACCUAAACAUGCAUCAACUAUUUCUAUUGUGUUAUCUUUGAGCUAACGGAAUUAAAUAUAAAACAAACAAUAUAACCUACGUUACAAAUAAUGCAAGACUUGAAGUAUUAAAAUAAUUAUUCUUAAAUUAUGGCUGCUAUACUUCAAGAAGAAGCAAUUCAGGCUACAAAUGACGAUGCAACAUCAUGCAAGCUGGCCGCAGUCUCAUUGGGGUAUUGGGAAGAUCCGUAUGUAUCGUAUUUUAUCAGAAGCCCAACAAGAAAACCCCCAGAAAUAAAUCGCGGCUAUUACGCCAGAGUCAAAGGAGUCGAGUCUUUAAUAAACAAAUUUAUUAAGAAAGUUGGUAACAAUUGCCAAAUAAUAAAUUUAGGAGCUGGAUUUGAUACACUGUUUUGGCGACUGCAAGAUACUGGUCAUAGUGUUGCCAAUUUUAUUGAACUGGACUUCCCUGCAGUUACAUCUAAGAAAUGCAUUUGUAUUCAGAAAAACAAAAAUCUCUUCAACAGGUUAAAAGCUGGAGAAGACGCGGCCGCCGGCUGCACCGGCGCGGACCUGCACGGCACCGGCUACCACCUGCUGGGCGUGGACCUGCAGAGCGUGGACCGGCUGCUAGAGAAGCUGGACCAGUGCGGGGUGCAGGACGGGCUCCCCACGCUGCUGCUGGCGGAGUGCGUGCUCGUGUACAUGCGGGGGGAGGAGGUGCACCGGCUGCUCUCCUGCCUCGCCCGCAGGUUCCGCGCCGCGCUCUUCGUCAGCUACGAGCAGGUGAACAUGAACGACAGGUUCGGGGACAUGAUGCUGACGAACCUGCGGGCCAGAAGCUGCCACCUGCCCAGCGUCGCUGCGUGCCGGGACCUCGACUCCCAGAGGCAGAGGUUUUUACAAGCUGGUUGGGAUGGAGCAAAAGCCUGGGACAUGGUCGAGGUGUACCAUUCGCUCACAAGCAGCGAGCGACGGCGAAUCGAGCGUCUCGAGUUCCUGGACGAGCAGGAGCUGCUGAUGCAGCUGCUGCAGCACUACUGCAUCGCUGUCGCUUGGAAGAGCGACUUGUUCGCUGAUGUGUCGAUCGCUGAUUGACUUCCUUGCGUCUUCACACUCGCAAGUGUCUCUCUCCUGUCGACUACUGCCCCAAGUGUUGCUGAAAUGUGCAAAUCGUCUGUGAUGAACAUUUUGUUGCCAUACGUUACCGUAGGGUUUAUUUGUUAACUGAUCCAGUUCACUAAUCUUCAUCUUUCUCUGUAGAAACACCCCCCCCCCCCCCCUUUUUUUUUUUUAAUACAGUUGUGUUAGUAUUCUAGUUUCAGGAAUUUACACUAGCACAAUAGUGUUGCUUUAUAACUGUGCCAAAACUGGCUAGUUCAGUGUGAAUUUAUUUCAUGUACCAGAACUUUUUUUUAUCAGAUCAUGUUUGUACCCAAGUCUGAUGCUCUCUUUCAGAUUGUAAUUCUAGUCUAUUUUAUUUCAUUAUAUAUGCCUACUGAUGACAUCAGUAUUUUUUGUGCUUUUUAUUAUUAUAACAUAAAUGAAUAUUGUAAAUUAUUGUAAAUCUUGUUGUAUUUCUGUAGGUAUAAAUGUAAACACUAUUUA